CUCCUCCCUCUUCCUGUCUGCGGGACUUUUAUGGACGUGUUGUUGCAGUGCCGCUCUGCGCCAUUCGGAGCUUGGACUGGGAGGGCUCGGAGUGUGAGUGAGUGAGUGAGUGAGUUUGUGCUUGGUAGGAUGCGCUCUGCCGUGUCUGUCGGUUCGGUGGGCCUGCUGCGGCUGCUCGGCGCGCCCUGGUCCUGGAGCGUGGCGGCCGGGCUCGGCCUGUACCUGGGCUCCGGGGGCUGGCGGUACCUGUACGUGGUCGCGCGCACCGUCAAAAGGGACUUAAAUGCCAUCACGGUGUUCCUGAGGGUGAAGCUGACAAUAUGGCGUCACUUGCGGAAUGGCAGCACCAUCCCCUCCAUCUUCGCCCAGACCGUGGCUCAGCACCCAGACAAACCCGCUCUGGUGUACGAGGCCACGGGCGAAACGUGGACCUUCUCUGAGCUCGAGCAGCUGUGUAACGCCGUGGCUCAGUGGGCUCUGGCUCAGGGCUGGGGCUCGGGCGAUGUGGUGGCUCUGUUAAUGGAGAGCAGGCCUCUGCAGGUGGCGCUGUGGCUUGGACUGGCGAAAAUAGGCAUCGAGUCGGCGCUCAUCAACUUCAACCUGAGGCGAGACUCCCUCAUUCACUGCCUCAGCGUGUCGGAAGCCCGGGCGCUCAUUUUUGGAGCAGAGCUCGCUGAUGCCGUGUCAGAGGUGAGCUCUUCUCUGAGCGAGUCUGUGGGUCUCUUCUGCACCGGAGACCUGAGUCCUGAUCACAUGACCUCUCUCAAAGCUCAGCCAUUCGACUCACUCUUGGCGUCAGCGUCACGCCAUCCUCCCUCCUGCACUCCAUCCAAGGGCUUCAGCGACCGUUUGUUCUACAUUUACACCUCUGGUACCACCGGACUUCCCAAAGCUGCUAUUGUGGUGCACAGUCGAUAUUAUAGAAUGGCUGCUUUUCCGUAUUAUGCUUUCGGCAUGAAGCCAGAUGACGUUCUGUAUGACUGCUUACCUCUCUACCAUUCAGCAGGGAAUAUAAUUGGAGUCGGUCAGUGUAUAAUCAACGGACUGACCGUGGUGGUGAAGAAGAAGUUUUCAGCCAGCCGUUUCUGGGAAGACUGCAUCAAAUACAACUGUACUGUGGUGCAGUACAUAGGCGAGAUCUGCCGCUACCUGCUGUCUCAGCCUGUGCGCCCGUCAGAGCGCGGGCACCGUGUGCGCCUGGCUAUGGGUAACGGGCUCCGCCCCAGCGUGUGGGAGGCCUUCACUCAGCGCUUCGGCAUUAAACAGAUCGGCGAGUUCUACGGAGCCACCGAGUGUAACUGCAGCAUCGCCAACAUGGAUGGCAAGGUGGGAUCGUGUGGUUUUAACAGCAUGAUUCUGCCGAACAUCUACCCCAUCCGUCUAGUGAAGGUCAACGAAGAGACCAUGGAGCUGGUGAGGAAUAAGGACGGACUUUGUGUCCCGUGUCAGCCAGCUGUUUCACUGUUCAACUCCAUCACCGUCUCAUUCCCAGGAGAACCCGGGCUUCUGGUGGGGAAAAUCAACCAGCAGGAUCCACUGCGUCGCUUUGAUGGUUAUGCCAAUCAGGAGGCCACCAAGAAGAAGAUCGCACAUGAUGUUUUCAAGAAAAACGACUCUGCGUACCUAUCAGGUGAUGUUCUGGUGAUGGAUGAACUGGGCUACAUGUACUUCCGGGACCGCAGUGGGGACACAUUUCGCUGGAAGGGUGAAAACGUCUCCACUACUGAAGUGGAAGGAACUCUGAGCAGCCUGCUGGGCCAGAAGGAUGUUGCAGUAUACGGAGUCACUGUGCCAGGUGUGGAGGGAAAAGCAGGGAUGGCCGCCAUCGUUGACUCCGCAGAGAGCUUUAACUGUGAAUCCUUUCUCCGAGAAGUCCAGAAAGUGCUGCCUUCAUACGCUCGGCCAGUUUUUCUCCGCAUCUCUCCACAAGUAGACACUACAGGUACAUUUAAAAUCCAGAAGAUCAGGUUACAGAAGGAGGGAUUUGACCCCCGUAUCACAGCAGACCGGAUCUUCUUUCUGAACUCCAGAGCAGGGCGUUACGAGGCCGUGACAGAGGAAAUGUAUAAUGCCUUAGUGGAAGGUAGGGUGCCUCUGUGAGCGAGGAUGAGGAGCAGGUCAGGUAAAGCCGUGGCAUUUCAGGGAUCCUUGAUUUAAGGUGGAAAAGAAAGCAGCCAGGAUCUCUGCUGUGGAUUGUACUGCUAAUCUUUAGAGACCCAACGUUUAACAUUUUAGAAGUGUUUUAACUGAAUAUUUUAAAAAGUGUUCAUUUUAUGUUUUGCAUCAUGUAAACUGUGCCUUUUGGAAGAGACAGACAUUAGGUUAAAGGAUUCCUUGACCGGAUGAUGUCAGACAGCUUUUCACCGGCAUGUCGGUUUUUAUUUGGAAUGGUGUGUUACUACUUUUUUAGUAGAGAAAAUUUCUGAGGUCAAAUCUUGCCUUUUAAACAGCGUUAAUUGAAUGACUGACUCAUGCUGAACAGAAGUGUUACAUCACUGUAACUGUAAAAGAGAAGUGUUCUCCUGAACACCAGAGCUGUUGAUUUUCUUGCAUUAUUUUCCUACUACCAUUGUGAUAAAAACACAGAACCAGCAGCACAAACCAUGAAAUUCCACAUAUUUGUUGUCCUUUAUUUACAACUGUCGUUUUAGAGCCGAUACUUUUAAGCAAUACAUAAAAUCUCCUAAAAGGGAGUGUAAUAUUUAAUUUUAUUAAUAAUAAUAAGUUAUUCCACGAAAUCGAGUCGUACAUGAGCUGAUGGCACGGAGUUGUCUAUAAGCCAUGUACGACAAGAUUGAGUGGAAUAACUGGUUUAUUUUAUCCACAUUCACUGGAUUUUGACAAACAGCAUUUUUAUUUUUUGCAAAUUUGAUAAACAAAAACUUUAUACAAAACGCCCGACAAAAUCAUUUCCGUUUAGAAUGUAAACAAACCGGCGAAAUGACAGGAGCAGUUUGUGAAAAAGUGAUAAUUUCUAAAAAAAAAAAAAAGUUCUUAGCAUCAAAUACUUUUAUUCCAUAUUUUGUUGCCUUUUUUUGGGGGGGGUGUUCUUCUUUAGGGCUUUUUGGCGGUUGGCAAACCAACUUAAAGGUGCAUUCCCAACACCGACUGGGCUGGAGUGUGGAGCAGGAGAUAUUGGGGCGGGGGGGCUAUAUUCUUUCGACUAUUUGUUUCUUUUAAAUACUUGACAAUUUUGGGGGGGUUUGUUUUCGAGUAGAGUUUUUAUUUCAUCCUCGGUGGUUCAGCAACACGCUCCGCCAUUUUGUUUUCCCUCUACUCACGGCAUAUGAGCUGACAGCCUAGUAGUAGAGCAGCCAAUCAGAGCGCACGAUUGCUCGUAUCCAGUGAAUGUAGAUAGAAUAAUAAUAAUAAUAAUAAUAAUUCUUGUCUGGGUUGGCAAACACUAACUUCGAUGAUGUGGCUGUGUGCAAUUCACUCGUUUUUAAAUGAUUGUAGAUGGAUAUUUCUAAUGACGUCUAAUACAAAGUGCCUUAAAUCUGUUCUCCCUGAUUUUGAGAAAAUAAUCCUCCUAUAUAGACUAUUUAAGAUGGACAUUGUUAUUCUCUUACACUCUCUCUCUCUGCAGGUCAUAAGCACUGACAGUUGUCCUGUUUUAACAUGAUGUGAAUGGAAACUGAGCUAAAAAUAAACGUUGUUCUAAACCUG